CUCCAGAGCAUAGCCGAGAAGGACAACAACCUGGUGCCCAUCGGAAAGCCGGCGUCCGAGAGGAACGAUUAUAACGAGUCUCCUGAUGAUGGGGAGAUCAAUGAGGUGGACAUGGAGGGGGCAGAGCAGGAUCAGGACCAGUGGAUGAUCUGA